AUGGCCCUCUUGUUCACUUAUGACUAUGUGGUACAUGGACCAGGCUUCCCCCCACAUUAUGGAACAAGUUUUGCCAGUGCUGCCAGCGGAGGACUACUGAAGAAGUGGGCUCCGAUGCUUCUGAGAGACCAGAACCCGCGGGUGGCGUUGAAUCUUGCGAAAGCUACGUCCCUACUCCAUGCGGUACCGGAUUCAGCAGGCAAAAUUCGUCUUAUUACGGGGCCUGAUCAAUUCAACGCUUUGGUUCUGGCAGAUGUUGUGCAAGCCUCCAAUGCCCCUAGCCUGGAUAAGCUCCGCAGAAUUGAUCAGGGCGACUGGAAGUCACUUGCGACCACUAAAUCUACAACCAAGAGUCACAGGAUUGACAAUGCCGGUCAGACUUUUGGUGAAGGAAUAUUGACGGGAUUCACACUGGGUAUGGAAGACCACCAGACCUGGGAACGGAUCACAACUACUGGCUCAGAUGUUGCAAUCUGGAUUGAGGAUGGUUUCCAUCGGUAUGGAUCACUCUUCUCCAAUGGUCCACCAACUACAGUCGAUCGCGAAACCUACCACAUCGAUGGGCCCGUCCACUCCGGCUGCUUUGUGGCGGGAACCAAGAUUGCCAUUCAUGGCGGUACAGUGCCUGUCGAGAAUCUGUCGGAAGGCAUAAGUGUGCUUACACAUGCGGAUCCUCUAACAUAUGGCAUUACCUCGGAUGAAGAUGUUCGCACAUCGCUUGGCCCGGAUGGAGAAACGCCCUUUUUCUCUCCUAGUCAUAUAUUCUAUACAGUAGCGGGGCCCAGGGCUCUAGACCCAGAUUCUGCAAGACUCGAGAAUCCCUGGCAAGAUGUGGGUCGUCUAGAAGUGGGCCAUAUUCUCUACCGGAUUUCUGAAGACGGUAAAGGGUACGAACAUGUUGAGGUGGAGUCAAUCCAUACGGAACCUGUUCAAGAAUUGCAGCUCUAUGGGGUUCAUCUUCGGGAGGGCCACAGAAGCUAUCACGCAAAUGGCUAUUUGGUUGGCUUGAACUACCCAGAGAUCACAAGAAAAUCAAUCACAAAGCUCUUGAGGACAUUCCCCAAGCACGAGCGGAUAGUAUUGCUCAAUCGUAUACAUGAGCUGAAACCGCUUUUUGAACGCUUUGGAGCAAAGACACUCUCAGAUGUGCUUGACCAGGAGCUUCGGGGUAACAGAACCGGCAGUACCUGCGACAUUGCCACACCACGGAAGAGGCGAAGCGCAAUGCCUUCUCUACGAAGGGCAAAACGAGCUUUUGCCUUACACAGAACUGGAAGUUUCAACGUUGUCAAUUACGAACUCCCAAUUCUUUCUUUGCAUGAAGGGGUGGUGUGCCUUGAUGACGAGGCCCAGCAUCGAGCUAUAAUCGAAUCCGACGACCGAACCAUAAGAUGGACACGACAUGUUCCCGGCCACGGCUACGAACACGGAUUUGUAAGAUUACACUAUUUAGGUCUCUCGGGCAAUGGAGUCAUCUUGUUAUCCAAUGACUCGGAACCUACAGCGAGUUCUGCCAGUGAACCAGGUGCUAGGCUGAUCCAAUUCCUGCUCGCGAAGCCUCGCUCAAACCCGUUCGGAUCGCCCCACAAACUUAGCCAGCUAUCGCAGACAAGUCAUGAGCGAGUAGCAGCAUUGCACACGAAUAAGGCGCAAAGAUACUUUGCUGCAAACUCCAAUUAUAUUGACGGUCUGGACAAGUGGCAGCUAUCUAUUGACAGAGACAUAUGGGCCCCCAAAACCGACAAGAAUUCUGCCUCAGCUCCAAUGCCGCUGGGGGAGGUUGCGUUUGCUAGCUAUCAUGAAGGACAACGUGGCCAGUCCAUUCCUAUUCUUACAAUGCCGAUGCUUGACCAGCUAUGCGAAGAUAUUAACAAGAACUAUCUGGCAGGUCAAAACCACUUGUCGUCCCUGUAUAAAUCCUAUGUGCGCAUGGCAAGUAACGGGUUACAACAGGGAACCAUCAUACUUGAGCAUGUAGCACUUCUUCAGGACCUGGCAGACAAACCAGCCGGCAGCUCAGAGCCGCCCAAGUUUAACGUUAGUUUCAAGCAGAAGCUAGGUAGUUCUGUUGUCCUCCCCAUUUUUUUUCGGACACUUGCCGUUGAGCUCUCAGCCGGCUUUGAUUUUGCAAGAGGUGCAGCGUUAGAAUUUGAUCCCUCUAAGAGAGGCGGUAAUGGGGCCAGGCAUUUUGUACAAGAUUCGCCUCUUGAAAACUCGAAGUUUGCGCUUGCAGACCUCAAUUACACACGAAAGAUUUCACACUCACUCUCAAGAUCCAGACUCAAACCCAGCAUAUACUCAUCAGGCAAUCAUGCCAAUCCAGCAACAGUAACAGGCCACCUGCUUGAGCAGCGGCAGACCACGAUUGAUGACCUUCUGAGUAUUGAUUACAAUUCGGUAGCUAUUCAUUCCAAGACUCAAUCACUCGUCCAAGAUAUGAUGCAGUAUCAUAUGAAUGACGAUGAUCGGCUGAGGUUUCUCCAGAUCGCGAAGCCGGCAAAUCUGCCCAUUGAGCUCGCUGAUAACCUUAAGUCAGAUCUCAAGGAAUGGAUAAGAACCAAAUAUGCCCCCGCACAUAUUGAUCUAAUGCUCUCACGCGUCAAGGAGAAGGAUGUCAGCUGGCGUAAUAACUUUUCCGAUAAGCAGAAGGAAAAAAUCUGGUAUUGGUGGAAUGGAAAGGUGUGUGGGAUAUUCAGCUUAACCGACUCUCUGCCUUGA